AUGACGUGGAGAGCUAAUGUCUUGGACCAGCUCUUUACGACGGAGGAAAUCCGUUGUAUCAAGCCAAAUCGUCUCACACAGAUGGAUAGCUUCGUCUGGGCUUUUACCAAAUCAGGAACUUACUCGGUAAAGUCAGGUUAUGCUUUAGCAUCACAGCUAAAAGAAGAUCGUGAAUCUCCACAGAACGACACUGUGGCACAUAACGCCUCUGCCCUAGAUGCGAAACAGCACCAGAAACAAAUCGGAAACAUGGAGCUGGCACAAUUGGUAGAAAAAACCGUGAGUGAUAAUGUUAUCUCCAGUCCUGUUGUUCAAACAGACUCAAUAAUAACAGCAUCACAGUGUCAAACCGAUGCCUCUUGGAGUAGAGAGUGUAAUGUCUUCGGAGGUGGUUUCGUGCUUGAAACAGUAAACAACGAACGACUUUUUGGUGCCAUGGCGGAAUACCAAGUCUCCACACCACUCCAUGCCGAACUUGCAGCCCUGGUUUGGGCAAUGAAGAAAGCUCUGGAACUGGAUAUAACGUCACUAUCGUUUGAGACAGAUUGCCUGCAACUUGUGAGAAUCGUUGACAAUGAAGAAGAUUGGCCGUCAAUGACAUCGGAGUUAGAUGAAUUACAUACUAUUCGAUCUUCUUUUACUUUAUUCUCACUGUCGUUUAUUCCACGGUUACUAAAUGUACGUGCGGACCGUCUCUCAAAAGGAGCACGAGCACAAGGUUUUUGUUUUACUCAUGUAGAUCCUAUGAUCCCAAGCUGGUUGGUUCUCGAAACUAACUCGGCCGGAUAA